UCUUGUGGUACAGGGGACAGAAUUCCAAGACGUACGUUCCGUACGGACUGAAAAUAAUGUAACGUCACGGCACCGUCUAGAGUUCCGCACUGGUUGACGCGCUACAAAAUGACCUCACAUUUAUAACAUCAUAUCAAAAGCAGGAAUAAUUUUUUUGCAUUAUGAAUUUUGUAAUAAUGCAUAAUGACGACGUGCAGGAGGAAUACGUUUCAGCAGAUUACGUUCCGGUCACUCCAUCGAGACAAGAAUGCUUGUAUACCAGCUGCUAUUGUGAGGAAAACGUUUGGAAGCUGUGUGAACAUGUCACAAUCCAGAACGAAGGCACCUUUGACCACAUCUACGCAGUUUUCAUAUCCAAUGAAAGGAAAAUGAUCCCUAUUUGGAGACAGAAAUCCAGCCACGGAGACCAGCCAGUAAUUUGGGAUUAUCAUGUUAUUCUUCUACACAAAAGCACCUCGGGGCAAAGCUUCAUUUAUGACUUAGACACCACCCUUCCCUUUCCCUGUCAAUUUGAUGUUUAUGUGAAAAAAGCCUUCCAGUCAGAGGAGUUUAUAAAGCCUGCUUUCAGGAGGAAAUUCAGAGUUAUUCCUGCAGACACAUACAUGAAGAAUUUUGCUUCUGAUCGGUCACAUAUGAAAGAUGCCAGUGGGGAUUGGCGAAUGCCUCCACCUCCAUAUCCCUGUAUAGAAACAGCAGAAUCAAAGAUGAACCUUGAUGACUUCAUCUGCAUGAGCUCCCAUGUAGGAUGUGGAAAUGUCUACACUCUUUCUGAAUUUGUUCACCAGUUUAGAAAGAUGUCAGUUUGAGAGUACUACACACAUUACGCACAAACACUACACUAAGUACAGUGAAACUGGAUAACAAAGGGAAAAGUUUCUUUAUUGGCAUACUGGAGAAUAGUGAAACAAAAUGUUUGACCAAAUUAAGCAGAUUAAGAAUUUCUUGGGUCAGUAACCGGGCAACCUGAGCAUUCAAAAAUAAACGUAUUUACUUUCCAAUUAAACUUUGAUUGUGACCAUUUUGAAAUCUGAUAAAAAUGUAAGCUAAUAACAGGAAAAUGCUUAAAAAAUUGAUUCAUUAGUCCCAUUACCAUUGAAAUCAAUGCUAUUUGGCAGCUAUCUUGAAAACCAUCUGAAAUCGUUUUGUAUGUUUUCACAAUAUCAAAACUAAUAUUCAGAACCAUUUCAGAUGACAACAAAUGCAGGGCUUAAAGUUCUCAGGCACCAUGCAUAGAGCAGUUUAAAAUGAAUAUAAUACGGGACAACUUUUCAGGUACACAAAUCUUUUCUUGCUUUAAACCCUGCAAAUGUGUUAUGUUAAAAUUUGUUAGGGAAGUAGAUUGUCAAACAGUGUGCAUUACAGACGUGUUGCAUCCAUAAUGAAAUGGUAUAUCCAUAAUGCUGGCACCUCAUAAAAAUCAAGACCGAAGAUAUAUUUUCAAAAUUGCUAUUUUUAUGUUCAGCCAAGCCUCCUGCAUUACAUGGAUAUCAAACUCUGCAUUUGAUUUAAGAAAGUGUAUAGUCUCCUCAAAAUACCGGUCUUUUUGCAUCACAUCCAUAACGCAAGUAAUUGGUCACUUAUUUUUCUGGUUUAAUAUUUUUGAAAUCAUUUUUUUGUUCCUUCCCCUCAGCCAAGUGGGUGCUAUGAUAAUAUGCACUAACAUUUUUCAUCACGUAAGAAGAGGGGUUUUGUCAUUUUGUGUCCAAAUUUCAAAUCCGUGACAUUGGAAUUGUCCAACCAUGACUUUCCUUGUUAUAAAUAUACAAAUUAGAUUAGAUUGAAUGUAAAAUGUAAAUUUAUUGAAUGCUAUAUCAAAACUAUUUAUACACUAUGGAAUUGUUGCCAAGGAAAUGCCAUUCAGAUUCUGAAAACCAUUACAUUUACAUGUUUGAAUGUUUCAGUGAGAAGAAUUUCUUCACCAAUGUUUUAAGGGAAACGUAUCAAAGGAAGGAAAUGAGAAAUUAUGCAGCAUCAACACAAAGCACAGGUAUUUGUAAUUACCUGCAUUUAUUGGUAGGUUUCUACAGAGGUAUAAAGGGACAAAAUAACAAAUAAUAAAAAUGCUGUUCAACUGAAAA